UUUUUUUUUUCUUUUCAAGUAACAAAACGAUUUCGCCUCGAGACUUUUAAAGUUGUUACGUCUCGUAAAUAGACAGGCUAUAAGUUUAGACUUAUACGUCCUAUGAACUUCUGUUCAUGUCAUGACCUUUUGUUGCUUGUCUAACCUGCAUCUCACAUCAUACCUCAACUCAGCGCAUAGUCUUAUGUGCGCUGUCGCAUCGCGAUAACAUCGUUUGCAGGCGACUUGAAGUCUUUGCGCUUGCAGUAACGGGGACGACAGAAAGACUUAAACACAAGUGGUAUUCUGGGCUGUUUAAAAUACCAGAUCGUUAAUUUUAUUCAUCUUGAUAAGCUACAAUCAAUCUGGCGCUUAUUUUUUAUUUAUUUUUUAUUUUAAUCGAGAUACCCAUCCUGUUUGUUGUUGCUUUUGCAUGAGAUUCUCGGAUAUCUGAUCUGAUAUCUCAUCAACUGCCCUAUAGACAUUCCGAUACUCCUUAACACGCGGCCAUAAACCCCCAAGGAUACGGUAUAAACUGGUUCAACAAUUCGAAAUGGCCGAAUACAAUAAGACGGACCAAUUCCAGGUCCCUACCACUACCGUCGAAGUGAUAGGUGGUAGUCACACCACCGAAAGUCAUUACGGUGCCACCGAUACCGAUCGAGCUACCAACGAAGCCGUCAGCCACGGUUUGCAGCAUAUCGAAGCUAAGAAGUUUCAUUGGUAUUCGUAUUUUACCACCGCCGACUUCUGGAUCGUCCUCCUGCUGGGCCAGACGCUUGCUCUGUGUAUCACAGCCACCAACACCUUUUCGACUUUCCUAGCCAACGGCGGCGUUUCCAUCCCGGCCUUCCAGACCGUUUUCACAUAUAUUCUCCUGUCCCUCAUCUACCUGACCUAUACUCUCUAUACCUACGGCCCCAAAAAGUACGGUAAAAUCCUGCUGCGAGACGGCUGGAAGUACUUCAUCCUCAGCUUCCUCGACGUCCAGGGCAACUACUUCACCGUACUGGCUUACCGCUAUACCAACAUCCUAUCCGCGCAGUUGAUUAACUUUUGGGCUAUCGUAUGUGUUGUCGUCAUCUCGUUUCUUCUGCUGCGCGUGCGCUACAAGAUUUUCCAAAUCCUCGGCAUAUUAAUCUGCUGUGGUGGUAUGGGAAUUCUGCUCGCUAGUGAUCACAUCCAAGGCACUAAUGGAGGCAACGGAGAGAAUAUGGUUAAGGGUGACUUGUUUGCUCUAGUGGGUGCCACAUGUUACGGCCUCACCAACGUUUUUGAGGAGUGGUAUGUCAGCAAGCGGCCUAUGUACGAAGUGCUGUCUUUCAUGGGUCUCUUCGGCAUGCUUAUCAACGGUGUGCAAGCCGCCAUUUUCGACCGCGAGAGCUUCCAGCAGGCGACGUGGAGCAACACCAUCGCCGGGUACAUGGUGGGCUACACCCUGGUACUUGCCUUCUUCUACUCGGUCGUGCCCUUCAUCCUACGCAUCGCAUCCGCGGCUUUCUACAACAUCUCGCUGCUAACGGGCAACUUCUGGGGCACCAUCAUCGGCAUCCGCGUGUUUGGGUACACGAUCCACUUCAUGUACCCGAUCGCGUUCGUCUGCAUCAUCGUCGGCCAGAUCGUAUAUUUCCUCGCGGGGAGCAUGCUCGGCGAGUCCAAGAAGCCGUGGCUCGGCGAUAACCAGGAGGACGGCAUAGCGGGCUUCGGAACGGCAAAGCUUAAGGCGUUGAAUGAGGCGAGGAGACAAGGCAUGGCGCCGGCGGCGAACGAUACGGUUUAGACUUGCUUAUGGUAUAUGAUAUGAUGUAUCACGAGUCUUCGAUAUAUUCGUGGGAGGGGGGGGGGGAGUUGGGAAUUGAAGUCUUUGAGAUACCAGUGCCUCGAGCUGGGCCGCUCAUCUAAGUGGUUUGCUAUACUUUGGCUCGAUAAUAUACGGAAUUGAAAUAUCCUUUUUUUACAAUGUCUUGUACGAUGCUUGGUGUUUGGUGACUUUAUAAUCGAUCAAUGAUGUAGUUCCUUCUUCGAGAGGCUCCCUUAGCUUGCGCCCCUGAAACCAAACUUUCGUCAUCGCUAGUCUCAACUGUAUAGCUAUAGCAAUGCGUUGAACGCAUGUCGCUAGGUAUGUGUCUUUGCAUAAUGCUCAGGUAAUAUAGGGGAAA